AUGGAGCAAAUAAUUACUGAAUUUUUCGCCAAAAGCCUUCACAUAAUACUGGAGUCCCGGUGCCCCUACGUCUCGUCGCGUAAUUACAGUGGGGAGCAAGUUUUGUUCUCUCCCUCCCCAUCUUCCUCCUCAUCAUCCUCCUCGAGUUUUAGGCCUCGGGAUAAGUGGUUCAAUCUGGCACUCAGGGAUUGUCCUGCUGCUUUAGAGAACAUAGACUUUUGGCGACAGAGUAAUCUGGAACCUAUGAUAGUUGAUGUCAUUCUAGCGCAGAGGCCUACUGAUUGGGACCCCUUGAAUUUUUCCCCAAGAACAGGACAUGGACGGUAUUCGUCCGGGAAAGACGUGGACUCAGACAACGACGAGUUCUGGCCCGAGGGCAAGAGUGAGAAGAUCAUCGAGAGGUGGGUUCUGCAGUAUGAGAGCAAGAAGGAUGGCGGUAUUGGGGGCAGCUCGUCCGGUAAUAAGAGGUCGAGCUGCCCAAGCUCUCAUGCUUUGUACAAGAAGUCGAUACUGCUGCUAAGGUCUUUAUACGCGACCGUGAGGCUCUUGCCAGCUUACAAGCUUUUUCGUGAUCUCAUCUCGACUGCUCGAAUCCGGCUGUAUAAUCUAGGCCACCGGGUCUCGUCCUUUGUUGAGCCCUUCACUCGCCGGGAGGAGGCGGACAUGCAGCGAUUCGUGUUCACCCCGGUUGAGACUUCUUGUGGCAGGCUGUGCCUCUCAGUUCUGUACCGGACCUCGGUGACCGACGUGACUUCUGAGCCCUCCACUCCCAUAUCUCCUCAGUUCAUUCCUGAAUACGUAGGGAGUCCCAUGGCAGAACCUCUGAGGAGGCUCCCGUCAAUCUCUCCAUCAUCGUCACCGUUCGGCAGGCGGCACAGCUGGAGCUAUGGCUUGUGCAAAGCAUCACCGCCUUCGGCGAACCCCACGCCUUCCCCCACGCAUUCUGAAUAUCAUGUAAAGAAGCACUCACGCAAUUGUCCUCGCCCGGGGGCCUUGCCUCGCCUUUCACAUGACGAGACACUCGCUGUUCAUUUGAAAAAAACGAGUUACGAUGAAUACUGGCCAUCCCCUGUUUUUUCGCCUUCCCCAACUCCAUCACCACCUGCACGUGUUCAUGAUGGUCAUUUGUCUAAAGCUCUUUUGCGGUGUGAAAGUGCUCCUGUUAGUAUACCUGUGUCUAGGCUUUCUACUGUGCCUUCAAUGCCAAGUAAACUAUUGAUGCCCCCUUCUCCUCCCAUGAAAGAAACUCGACUAACUAUUUCUAAGAAAGCUAUUGAUUCUGAUAAGUUCUUUUCUUUUGGCAAGGACGAGCAAGGAAAGAUGUUGAUGAUGAAAUCAUCAUCUAAUAGCUCGCCAUGCAAAUCAUUUUCCAGAAGCUCAAGCAGGUUGUCUUUUCAAGACGAUUGUAAUGACUCAGAGUUUUCUGGACCAUUUGUUGUGGAUGAUGACGACAUAGUAGAUCCAGGUUCCAGACCAAUUUUGUUCAAUCCGUGCGAGCCCCACGAGCCUAGGGGAGUUAAGAAAUCACAAGAUGCUGCUGCAGUUGGUGCCCUUGUUCGUAUGCUGAAGAAAGCACCGCCCCUUCGCCAAGACAUGUCCCUCACCAUGCAGAAUCAUCUUCAGAAUGAUAACAAUAGUGCUGGCAACAAGAAUUCAAGUUCAACCUUUUCGAAUCUUGCAUCCUCAGGGCUUGUUGCGUCCAAGACUACAGCUGAUGCAUUGGAUGAGCUUCGUGGGUACAGGGAGAUCAAAGACUUGCUGUUGAAGCAUGGGAAAAUUUCUCAGCCCUAG